UUUAGCUAACAACUAAUAAAUUAAAUAAUAAUAUUUAGCUAUUAUAUUAUCUUUGGCGCUAUUAAACACUAUCUUAAUUUUUUAAUGUAUUCAUUAAUUAAAAGUUAAUAAAUAUUAAGUUAUUGAUACUUAUUCCAUUCACAUUUUUAUAAAAAAGCAUCAAAAAUAGCCAAUUUAAAGCAAAAUGCAAAUGCUCUCUCGACCAAAUACUUCUGAUAAGAAGUACAAAAGAAUGCGCUUUGGGUUAAUAGAAGGAUAAGAGAAUUUAAAAUAAUUUAUAGAAGAUUUUGAGUAAUAAUUCGAUUGUAAAUUUGAGCAAGUAAGAUUAGUAGAUGAAUUGUUUAAAAAAAAUGAAGAAUCUCUAAAUAUUUAUAACAAUGGUAUUAGAGUCAUAAGUUAUCCAGAUUAAAAUUAGCCAUAUGAAAUAGAAUAAAUCUUAUUAAAAGAGUUUGGAAAUUUUUUUGAAUAUUCGUAUAACUUGAUAAAGUCACUUGAUGAUCCUUCUCCUCUUUUAUUAGGACUAGAUUAUGUGUCUACAUCUAAAAUAUAAAUUCAAACUGGAUAGAGGGUUUUCUUGCCACAUUUUGGCUUAAAUGUAUUAGUUUAUGAAUAUAGAGCAGCAGAUAAAAUGUCAGAAUCAGGAACUAGUGGUUAUGUCGCUGAAUUCAAUUAUUACUAUGAGCAAUAAAGCGGUUAAAUAAGUACAAUAGAUAGUCAAAGAGAAAAAAUCAUAGAACUAGAAAAAUUAAUUCAAAAUCAAUUCAAGAAUACUAUUACUAAAUUUGCAGAGAUAAACAUCAAUGUAAAAGACAAGAGAGGUUUUGACGAUGUUAAAAGGCUUAGACCUUUAUUAGAAUGAAUUAGAUUAAAUUAUUUUUAAAUUAAUAUUGUAUAUAGUUCAAGAAAUUAGUUUUUUUAUAAAAUAUAAAAUAAUUUUUUAUAAAGCUUAUUUAUUUUCUUUUUCAAUUUCUCUACUUAAUUAAUGAACUCAAAGCAUUUCAUUGAUUAAAAAAAUUCUAAAAAUUAAUUUUAAUUUAUUUUUUAAUUUCUAAUUUUAAAUCCAGUAUUUUUAAAUCUGACAUAUUGAAU